AUGCACCGCAACUUCUACUACUUUGUGGGGUACACCCUUGGCCUGACGGCGCUACUAGGGUGGCUGGUGUAUGACCUGCUCCUAAUAUCGUACGACGAGUACUCGUUUGUGUGGCACCUCACCGAGGGGGUCAAGAAGGGCAUCCUCAUCAACUUCGUCGCCAUCUUCUACCUCAUAUGGUGCCGCCUCAUGCAAAUGGCGGUGUUUGGCGAGUUGCGGAUCAUCGAAAUGGAGCACUUGAUGGAGAGGUUGCCGAUGUUUGUCGUCACCUUGCUUUUCAACUGGGCCACCACCGAUAAAGAAAUGAUCGUCAACGUGGUAUUGUUUGGCCUCAGUAUCUCGUUCAAGGUGUUCCACAUCGUUCUCAUGGACCGUAUGGACUACUGCGCCAUGAAGAUCGUCAACGGGCUUGAGUUGCUGACCACCCAGGCCGACGUGUUCCGCCAGUACGCGCUGAACUUGUACUUUUGGUUGGUGCCGGUGGCGGUAGCGCUCGACUUUGCCGUGGCCAAGUUGUUGGUGUACGAUGUCGUCUACGGUGUCACCAGUGUCGUCUGUCUUUUGUUUGGCUUCCAAUUCGCCAUGCAGGGCGUUGAAACUCUCACCUACUUUGCCAAGCUUGUUCUCACCGCCUACGAAGUGUUGCGCUACCGGGUGGAGCCCGCCGACGACGACGCCGAUAUCGACAACUUGCUGGACGACGACGACGUCAUUGCCGAGCGGGUGUGGGAGGCGAAGCCGUUCUACUCGAAAGCGAUCGACAUUCUGCUGGCUUUACUCAAAGCGGCGUCGCACAUCUGCUACGUGUAUCUUCUCAUCUAUGAGCUGGGCACGCUGUUACCUCCCAUAGCGAUGAUUUCCGGUACCUACUCGGCGCUCCGCGAAGUGUACUUGGAGGUGGGCAGUUUGUUCAAGUUCAUCGAGCUGGCACGACAGCUAGAUCUGCAACUUCAAACGGCCACCGCCGCCGAGUUGGCCGCCAGCGACAACUUGUGUAUCAUUUGCAUGGAGGAGAUGCGAGCGCCGGCGCAGUACUUGGAGGCCCACGGCAAGGAGCUCUCCAAGCGCAAGAUCCCCAAAAAGCUUCGCUGUGGCCACUUUAUGCACGCGGGGUGUCUCAAAGAAUGGUUGGAGCGUACCGAUUCGUGCCCAUUGUGUCGCUCUAAGGUAUUUGGCGACGAGCCGUUGACCCCGGCCCAGGAGGCGGCGGCGUUGACUCGCGACCUUCAAGCAUUCCAGCCGCCACCCCCGCCUCAACCAGAAGCACGUCCAGCAGCUCCCGCGCCCACCGACGCCGGCACCGGUGGUGCCGACCCUGCUACCUUCACCGGAACCGGGUCUACCGAGCCCCCCACUGAGGGUCUGAGCCGCCAAGUGCCGCCUACCACCACCAUCGCGGCACCAGCAACAGCAGCACCACUGCAGUCUCUGCCACGCCUCACUCCGACGCCUACGACGCUGACAAACAACCCAUUUACCGACUACACGUUUGCCCGACACGACAACGACGACGGCCACCAAACGAUAUCGUUACCGAUCUCGCUGGCAGUGCUUCCGCCAAACUGGAUUCUUUUGCCGAUGCGUCGGAGCGACAGCGGCUACGAGGUGUCACUUUCGCAUCGCCACCAGGCCCGUCUUCACGUGGUCAAGAAAGAUCCCCACGCACCGGCUCCCUCAUCGGGUUACUAA